GUUCAGUUUGUUUAGCCAAAUAAAAAGUCAAAGUUGAAGAGAGUUUUUCAUGGCCAAUAUCUUCUUUCUCCAGCUUUUUGUUAACUUGCUGCUGUUAUGUACAGGUGUAUUUUCCGAUGUGACUUUUAAUUUUGAAAACUUAUGCUCAGACUCAAUAUGGCGUGCAUCAAACCCAAGCAUAGGAGAUUUAGACCCAGAGUUAGGCCCAGACGAGUUCGAAAUAUACAACAUGGAUGAUACUUGGAGUGGGUCCAUUUGGGCCCGAACAAAAUGCACAACAAAUGCAUCCGGUUACUUUUCAUGUGAAACCGGUGAUUGCCGGUUAGGUACUCCAGAGUGUGCAGAUACAACACCCAAUUUCCCAGUAACACUUCUCAAUUUCAAUGUUAACCAAUCAAUAGUUUCAUAUCAAAUAAGCCUAAUUCAUGGACAAAACAUUCAAGUUAAUAUCAAGCCCGUUGGUGGAACAUUGUUGGAUGGGUCAGGCCCAUGUCCUUCGGUGACUUGUAAUAUGGAUUUUGGAAAUGUGUGUCCACCAUCUUUAAUAUCUUAUAAUUCCAAUGGGGCUUAUGUGGGUUGUAAAAGUGCUUGUGAUGUUUUUAAUGAUGGACAACAUUGUUGUAUUAUGAAUGGUUGUCAACCUGAUGAGUACACACAAAAGUUCAAACAACAAUGUCCUACUGCUCAUAUUUAUCCUGCUGAUAAUACUCCUCCUAUGUAUCAAUGUAAAGGAGCUGAUAGUUAUGAUGUAACAUUUUGUCCUGCUAUUGGGACUGCAUCUUAACUUAUUUAAAUACAUUAUUAUUCUA